GCCAUCAAAAGUUGAAGCUUUGGAUGGCUCCAACUAUGAGGAAUGGAGCGGACGGAUGAGGAGUGCCUUCAAACGCUACAAGCUCCUGAAGAUUGCUGUUGGGGAAGAGAAGAUGCCGGAAGAAGGCGAAGCACGCGAACGGUGGAUUGAGAAAAGCGCGGUGCUUUUCGACCUCAUCCUUCAAUCGGGCGCGGCAGAGGAAGAGGGGGUUGGAAAGGCCGAGGCCGUGGGAGGAGCUUUGGCAGAGGUAGAGGCCGAGGUGACUAUAAUGAGGGGCAUGGAAGCUCCAGUGGCAGGGGGAGCACCAGAAUGGAGGGCACCUGCUGGUACUGCAAGAAGAUCGGGCAUCCUUGGUUCAAGUGCUUCAGCAGGCCGGAGGGAUGGUCACCUCCAGGCAUGAAGCCGCCAAGUGGUGAACGCGCACAAGGUGGCGCUGUGCAAGGCUCAGGUGCACAAGGUGAAGGUGCACAAGGUAACGCCUAUCCUGGGAUGUAUCUUAUGGUUGAGGAUGUGCAUGGGCAUGAGGGUGAUGUGGGAUCUGUGGGAAAGGUUGUGAUGCACCCUCUCACGCACUGGGUGAUUGAUUCAGGUUGCACCAGUCACAUGACCCCACGGGCAGAUUUGCUUGAUGAGGUAAAACCCCCUGGGAAGAUUAAGUAUGUGGCAGCAGCGUCAGGUGCUUUGCUCCCCGUGAUUGGUGUUGGGAAUGCCAAGGUUAAGGGAGCUAAUGGGGAGCUUGUGGGGCUUGGGAAUGUUCUGCUGGUUAAAGGCUUGUCUGCUAACCUUCUCUCUGUGCGGCGACUGCAGAAGAGUAAGGCCGAAGUGACCUUUGGACCAACCAGCUGCCGUGCUAAGCUUGGGAAGAAGGUGCUGUGGAGUCUGGAAGAGGAGACCAGCUGCAUCAAGGACCUGUGGCAGCUGCCCAUCAUCCCUUGGAAUGGGAAGACUCCAACAGCAGUAGAGCAGCAGCAGCAGCAGCAGCAUGAGUCUCCAUCUCGAGUUCCACACCCGCCUGAGCGUCCUAGGAGGGAUGUGCGCCCUCCAGUGAGGCUGACCUAUGGGGGAAGAGGCAGGCCGAAUGUGGUGCAGGCUGGGAGUGUGGUUGAGCAGAUUGAGGAAGAUGAGAUCGCUCACUGCUACUGGGCACCAAUCCCUGAGCCCAAGACUCGAGAGGAGGCCUUGAAUGGACCAAAUGGGGAGAAGUGGAAGGCGAGUGAGGAUGAGGAGUUCGGGUCCCUAAUUGAGAACGAGACAUGGGACCUGUGUGA